UUUCCGUGCCGAGCGUCCCCGCACACUGUAUGCUAAGGCCGCUCGAAAACCGCUCGAAUGGUUUGGCGGAGAGGAUUAAAGCGAAACAAAAAUAACAUCUUUUGAUGGCUUAUAUUUACCCAAGCUAGCCUCGAGCUACAUAGGUGGACCGUUAAAGGUCCGUAGUUUUUGGAGAAGAUGAAAUAGCAACGCUGUAAACGAAUUCUCGUGGAUAUUUUAGUGUUUUUUCUGUGGACGUCUGUUUGUUGGUCUACACGAUUUUAACAAGCUAGCGCUAGCCUCGACUCGAAUGAGCUGCGAUGGUCGUCGCAAAUUUAUGCGGAUGUCUCCGGAGCAGUGUAUAGUGAACCGACGGCGACAAAUGGGACCAUCCAGCAUCGGCGGAAAACACCACGGCGUAGACUAAACGUUAAAGAUUCAGUAACUGGUUGAAAUUGUGGGAAUCAGACAGAGAAUUCGUGGAUUCUGCAGCAGCAGGUGUAUUUUCUAUUUGGAUUUUAGCCCACUGACAUUCUCCUACAGCCAUGGAAUCGACGGUUGAUGACGAUGCAAUGGCAGCGUGAAUGAAGCUUGGCGUGGGGAGAGCUGAACGAUGCCCAAAGGUGGGGGUUCUAAAACCCCCCAGCUGGACCACUUCCCACUCAACACCGACAUGGUGGAAAAGCAAGGUGGGAAAAAGGAUAAGGUGUUAUCAAACAAGACUCCCAAAUUGGAUCGCAAUGAUGGGGUCAAAGAGAUGAAAGAAAAGGCCUCUAAAAGGAAGCUGCCCUUCACUGCUGGAGCAAAUGGAGACCAGAAAGAUUCUGACUCGGAGAAACCAGGUCCAGAGCGGAAACGCAUUAAAAAAGAGCCCACCAACACCCGGAAGGCAAGCUUGCCGUUUGGAAUGGGGAUGCCAGGGAUCCGGGCCGGGUACCCCCUCUCCGAGCGGCAGCAGGUGGCCUUGCUCAUGCAAAUGACAGCUGAAGAGUCCGUCAACAGUCCAGAUACAACACCAAAGCAUCAGUCACAGUCCAGUCUGGGUCAGAAGGGAACGCCAAACUCUGCAUCUAAAACCAAAGACAAAGUGAAUAAACGGAAUGAGAGAGGAGAGACUCGACUGCACAGAGCAGCAAUCCGUGGAGAGGUACGCCGCAUCAAGGAGCUCAUCAGCGAGGGAGCUGAUGUGAAUGUAAAAGACUUUGCAGGCUGGACUGCAUUGCAUGAAGCAUGCAACAGGGGGUAUUAUGAUGUGGCGAAACAGCUGCUGGCAGCCGGAGCAGAGGUCAACACCAAGGGGCUGGAUGAUGACACCCCUCUACAUGAUGCAUCGAAUAAUGGACAUUUCAAGGUGGUUAAGCUACUUUUACGGUAUGGAGGGGACCCGCGUCAAAGCAACAGGAGAGGAGAAACCCCACUGAAGGUUGCCAACUCUCCAACUAUGCUCAAUCUGUUGUUGGGGAAAGGCACUUACACCUCAAGUGAAGAAAGUUCAUCAGAAUCUUCAGAGGAGGAAGACGCCCCCUCGUUUGCCCCGUCCAGCUCUGUUGAUGGCAAUAACACAGACUCAGAUGUUGAGAAGGGCCCGAAGUUAAAAGGGAAAACCGCAGACCCUCCUAAAUCUGCCGUCACACCUGUCAAAGAUGAAUACGAAUUUGAUGAGGAUGACGAGGAGGAACGCGUCCCUCCCGUAGACGAUAAACACCUCUUGAAAAAAGACUUCCGCAAGGACUCAGUAAGCAAGACCAACAGCUUCAUCUCUAUACCCAAGAUGGAGGUUAAAACCUAUUCCAAAAGCAACUCGCUCACACCAAAGAAACCUGGCAGGCGGAUCAUCUCUGACAGUAAUAGUUCAGACGAGGAUGAUAGGACGUUGUGUUUCACGCCAGCGCCUACGCCACGGCAACAAGCCCAGCAAACAAAUACUAAGACUAGAGACUCUGGCAGCAUGAGCUCUAAACAACAAAAAGACAAGAAUAAAGUCAAGAAGAAGCGAAAGAAGGACAGUAAAAAUAGUGUCAGUAAAGAAGUCCGGUUUGGUAAAGUCAACGACAAAUUCUGUACGUCUGACUCCGAUUGCGCGGAUUUGGAGAGUGAGGACGAUAAGGGCUCAAAUAGCAUAAAAGACUCUUCUGCAGCAAACCUGAAAGACUCUCCAGGCUUUAAUGCUUCCUCCUCCUCCUCCCAUGGAAACUUGAACUCUCAGAAACAGACGCCGUCUUUAGCAGAACAGCAUCCAAAGCAGUGGAGGACGGAUAACUGGAAGACCGUGUCGUCUCCCACAUGGUCAGAGGUCAGUUCGCUCUCAGAUUCGGUCAGAACUAGACUGUCCAGUGAGUCUGACUACUCCUCUGCAGAUUCCAGCGUGGAGUCGAUAAAACAAGUAAAGAGGAAAGCGCAGGAAAACAAAAAGAAGAAUAACAACGUGCACAGUAACACUGUGGAAAAGAAAAACUCAGAGCUCUACAAAAAUACAGAGAGCAUCAUCUCCAAAACUGACGUGGAUGGCAAAGUGGUGAAAAAGCAUAAAGUGAAGCACAAGCACAAAAAUAAGGAGAAGGACAAAGCUCCUAGUCUAGUGCUUAAUCAAGAUAUGAAUGAGAAAUUUGUUAAGAGCUAUUCUUUUGAUUUUGAUGAUUCGAGGCAAAAGUCCCUAAUUGUUGAGUCAGAAUCACCAGCUGAGAGCAAAGUCAAAUUAUCCAAACAUGAAAAAGACCAUUCGAAAAAGGAGGACAGGUUUUCGAAAACAAAGUCUGAGGAUAAGGACUGGUCCUCGGGAAAAGAUCUGCACAGAACAACAAAAGAGGAGAAAAACAAGAAAACAAAGGACUCCACCAAGGACAAGUUAAAUAAGGAGGAGAGGGAAAAGCCUAUAAAAUCUGACAAGGAGAGGAACGUCAAAGAGAAGGAGAAACCCAAGGAAGAUAAACAAAAGGCUCACAAAGAGGAGAAAAAGAAAAAGUCUAAGGAGAAGUCCUCCUCAAAGACAGACAGGAAAAGUGAGCAGAAAGAGGAAAAACAUCUGAAGGCGGAAAAGGACAAAAAUGCCAAGGAGGAUAAGGAGAAGUGUAAAAAAGACAAAGUACAGAAAGAGGAGUCUGAGUACGAAAGCUAUGACGUUAAUCGUUUCCUCAACUUGGAGGACACAAAACUCAGUGCCUCCGAUGACCAUCAUGACAGAUGGGGCUCUGAGAUGUCCUCUGACUCCUCCCUCUAUGGCGACGACAGCUGGGAUGCUCCUGUCAAAGAGUACAAGGACUACAAAGCCAAUAAUUCUGUUAAACUUAUUGUUGAGACUGUUAAGGAGGAGACGAGGAGGAAAGAAAACAAAGUCAAGGACAAGAAAUCAGACCACAAUGAGAAGAGAUCAGAAAAGGAGGCUACUUCUAAGAAAAAAGACAAGGACCCUUCGGAAAAGACAAACGAAAAGAAGAAAGACUGGUCAGAAAAACAAAAAUUAAACUCCAGCCACUCAGUUGAGAAAGAAAAGAAGAGGAAAGAGUCCACAGAGGCAGCCAAGGACAAAAAAGACAAGGAUUCUCUGGACAGCAGUCGAGACCGUAAAGACUCGUAUGAGUUCAUGAAAGAAAGAAAGGAUAUCAAAAUCAAGCAGGAAUCGAUAAGAGAUGAAUAUGGCAAUGAUACUUUCUUCAAAGACAUUGAUCCUGUCAGUAAAUCGUGUGAUAUCAGAGAAAGGAACCACUCUGGGAAGGAGAAAGAAAAGAAGGGUGAGGGAAUGGAGAAACGGGAAAAGACAAAAGCUGACAAGCACAAAGAGAAAACAAAAGACAGAGGAGCUGAUCAGGAGAAGGACAAGAGUGAGAAAAGCUCCACAGAAAAAACUGUCAAGGAUAAAGAUGCUGACCGGAGUACCAAAGACAAGAAGGAGGGGGCCAAAGACAAACAUAAAGACUCUCAUGGCAAAGACAAAGAUCGAAAGAUGUCUUCAGAACAGACAAAGGAAAAGAAAGAGAAGGCCUCUCAAGACAAACAUUCAGAUCGGGAGAAAGAUUUCUUGGAGGUAAAGAAAGAGGAAAGAAAAACUGAGAAGAUCCGGGAGAAAACGUGGUACAAAAUAGCCGACAUAUUCACUGAUGAAAGCGAUGAUGACGACGACAGCUACAGCGGUGGGGUACUGGUGUCUGAUUCCAUCAGAAAAGAUUCGACACCCGAUCAAGAUGAGCUGGAUCACUUCCCUUCAGAAAAAAGAAAAUCUUCUGCAGAUAGUAAACAUAACACAGAAAAGGCAAAAGACAAAGAGCACAAAGAUAAGAAGAAGGAUAAGGCCACAUUUGACACAGGUAAAGAGAGGAAAGGCUCCCAGGAGAAACACAGCAAGGACAGGAAAGACCCGGUAGAUACAAAACAUAAGGAGAGGAAAGACAGGAUGUCAGUGGACUCAAACCAAGAGAAGAAAAACAAGCAGAAGCUUCUGGACAAAAGGGACACGAGCGAGGAAAAAACCAAGAGCAAAUAUAAAGACAAGCAGGACCAUUCCAAGGAAAGAAAGCCCUCGAAAGGAAGCGGGGAGAAUGAGAAGUCUCUCUUAGAAAAACUGGAGGAGGAGGCUAUGAAUGACUACAAGGAUGACUCCAAUGACAAGAACAGUGAAAUCUCCUCCGACAGUUUCACUGACAGAGGUCACGAUCCCGUCCUCACCAGUUACUAUGACUCAAUCAGCCUGCCUGAUAUGGCCGAGGACAGAAGAGACUCCCUGUCCAUAUCUACGCCACAAGACAAGUUCAGAGAGAAAGAGAGGCAUCGGCACUCCUCUUCGUCCUCAUCCAAGAAAAGCCAUGACAAGGAGAAGGAAAAGACAAAAAAAGACAAAGGAGACAAACGUGACAAAACAGAAGAAAUUAGAGAGUCCUACGGCCGCAGAGAGAGCCUGCCUUUUGAGAAAGAGCCUAUGCCUCUAGAGGCAGACCCUUACACAUUCCCAUACGGAGGUAAGGGAGACGGAGAGGACGACUUCGAUAAGACAUUAGAAUUUGAGAAGGAGAUGUCCAAAAAGGACAAAGACAAAGGAACUGGUGUCAUAAGUGACAGAAUGAAAGACAAAAAGAAAAAGGAAAAGCAUAAAGAAAAAAUUAAGGAAGAGAAGAAUAAAUAUAUCGAUGGCUUUGGGUCAUUUAAACACUCCAAAGAUGACGCAAAGUCAGGGUUGAAAGACAGCCCACAGGUCACUGUUCUGAAGGACCGGUCAAAGGAAGACAGUCCUAAAUUUGAUAUGAAAAAAGACAGAAAUCGGGAUACGCUAGACAAAGACAACAGACUGGACCACAAUAAAUCUAAGGCUAAGGAUGAAAAUGAAAAGCUCUCUCAGCCCAAAGACAAUGCAAGGAAAGAUAAUCGACCACGUGAAAAACUGUUGGUUGAUGGGGAUUCUCAGAUGACAAGUUUUGGUCAGAUGUUGAGUCAGAAAGACCAAGAGAAUGAAGAGCGUCUCAAGAAAUACAGAGAAAAAAUGAAGCAGAUGGAGAAGCUUAGACCCAAGUCUGGCGACCCAAAACUAAAAGACAAAACCAAGUCUACAGAGGAAAUACGGAAAAGCCGCAGUGAGCUAUCAUCCAAGAAAUCUAACAGCCUUGAGUCUGGUCUUAAAGAGAAGAAGCUGAAGGAUGUUGGUCUCCCGGCCCAAAUGAUGUCUCCAGGCAGAAAGUUCCAGCCUACUGAUAAUCAGAACUCAAAGGAUUGGCUCCCUGGCCACCAAAUCAAGGACAACCUCCCUGCUUCUCCCAGGCCAGAUCAAAGCAGGCCAACUGGUGUUCCCACACCUACACCUGUCAUGUCAUGCCCCAGCUUCGAGGACGUAAUGCAAACUCCACGUACACCAUCCUGUAGUGCAGAGGAUUACCCUGACAUUAUGCUGGAUCCGCUGGACUGUCAGAACUCGUCUGCAAUGACUAUGUCAAUGAAUGCCUGCUCCCCAUCCUUCUUUGAAAGCAGGUACUCUAACCCCCAGACUUUUCCAGAGGGCACAUGUCCUACCCCUGCGAAGAACCUCCAGCUCCCCCUUGUCAGUCGUUCUGCAUCCUCUGAUGUCCGCCGCCCUCUAGAAGAUGAGUUCAAGGCAGAGGCAAACAAGUUUCUUCGACAGCAGAAUGAUCCAGGGGCGGAAUUUGAUCAGACGUCUGCCUGUCAGCCUCUCGAGGACAAAUCUGCAACUCUGGAUAGAUUGGAGUUGAUGUCUACGUAUUUUCCUCCAAUAAGGGUACCGUCGCCUCGGCGAGAGCCAUCCUAUCAAACACCAGAUGCAGCAACACCAACUCUUGCUGGCAACGACGGUAAUGAACACCUUCCUGAAAGUGUGUACAACAAUUUCUUGCCCAAACCGUCGACACCAGUUCACAGGCCAGACCCCCAGGAGCCAUGCUUUGACAUUGCAGCACCACCAACUCCAGCUCCAGCUGCCUUGCCACCCUUGGAUAUCGACGAUAUCACAGAGCACCACCACAGCGAGCCUAAUCUGGUCGUCUCAAAUCUUCCAUCUGUCACAGAAGAACAAGAAGAGGAAGAAGAAGAGGAGGAGGAGGAGGAAGAGGAGGAGGAAGAGGGCGACAUGGAUGAGAGACUUGAUGGAGAGCACUGUGCAGUGGAUGAGCCGGACCAAACAAGGGAGCCAUGCUCGUUUUCUCCUCAAGUUGAGGAUCCUUUGCAGAAGAGCUGGCCUGCAGAGUCUCCAGACCAGCAUGAGCCAGAAGUCCACCAACUGUCCCCCACACAUCCUGCAGCUGACCACGGAGAGAACUGUUUCGAUCACAACAUGGGUUGGAACAAUGACAUGGAUAUGAAAUCUCCCCACAGGACAUAUGGAGAAAUAGAGGCUGCUGUCUCCAAAAUAACCAGCCCUUACUCCCAUUCUGAUAAUGACAUGCAGCCCUUGUCUGGACACCCCUCUGUCACUUCCCCUUAUGCUACCUGGAGCAGGUGGCACAAAGAUGACCCAGAGGACUUUGAUGAGCAGAAGGAGGCUGUGGCUGAUAUACCCUCUCCAGAGAGGCCAGACACUGCUAUGGAUGAGGACCCCAACUAUUUAAACAACUCUUCUUCCUCCAAUAGGCUGGAGUCCUUCUUUCCGGACUGCAACAAGCCGAGCAUCGAAGAGGGACACCAGAUGGAGACAGAGACAACAUGUGUGGAACCAGACAGCAGACAGAGCACACACAGUUUCAGUGCUGCCGCUGAAACUCACAUGGCUCCAGCUGUGGGCCCUGAGCCUGUGGUUCCCUGGGAAGAUCCAUUUUCAGCUGAUGAAGACGACCUGGGACCUUUCUCCUUGCCUGACCUUCCACUGCCAGACAAGUCAGAAGAAGCUGAGUCUGGGGAACCUGAACUUGCUGAUCACAACAAGAGUGUGUCGACCCACAUUAGACACACUAUUACAGACAGAGAGGAUCUGGACAUCAUGGAAGUAGACUUGCCAACUCUAGCAAAGACCUCACGCUCUGCUGGAGACUUAGGCUUAGGGGAAUCUGCUAGACAGGACUUUGUUGUGCCAUCACCACGUGCCCCUUUCCAGCAGGAAUUGGACCCCGAGCCUCAAAGUGUGCCUGUCAACAGCUCAGUGGGACUUAACCAACAACAGAGCAGCAUUUUGGAAAGAAAACUACCUUAUGGGGGAUCGGAUGAGUCGGAUCCCAGCAUGUUGUAUACAUCUGUAAAAUCAGAUGCCAGUCAGCAACCACAUAUACAGAUGCAUUCGCACUCUGAGUCAUUGCAUAUAACCCUGGACUCUGUGCCUGCUGUCAAGCCAGACACGAGACAGGAGGAGAUGCCUGAGGCUGUACCAGAGCCUGUGUCCUGCAGUCCUCUUCCUCAGAUCCCAGAAGUGGUCACCCUCUCCACCUCCGUGGAGCCACAGGACACUCAGGACACAUCCAAGCAAACAUUGGUGACCUUGACCACAGUGUCCGCCCCUGUAGAUGUUCCCAAGAAGGUGGAUGAAAUCCCGCAAAGGAUGACCCGAAAUCGCGCCAAGAACAAUCCAGCUGCUGCUUUUGCCGUUGCCACCCCUCCUACCUCUAGCAUAAUAACCUCGUCUACCGCUGCCACCUCAGUGACAACCAGUCCGGUGGUGAGCAUUAACCCAGUUCCUACUAGAACCCCAACACCCACCUCAGCAUCUUCCUUUACAGCUCUGAAGAAAGAGAAAGACUCUGGGCUUAGUGUCCCGUCUACUGCUUCUAAUUUGACCCCAGCAGUAUCUGUGACGACUUCUACGGUGGUUCUCAGCAAGACAACAAAAGGUCGUCCUCUUCCUGUCGACGAAGAGGAAUCUCAAACCCAGCACCCACGGAAGAGGAAGUUUCCACGUUCUACAGGGCAGCAAGUCCAGGUUCAGCUGGUAAAUACAGCCAUGCAGCAGACCAGGGAGAUGAUACAGCAGACUUUAGCUGUAGUGGUCAAUGCCAUCAAGCUAGACGACAUUGAACCCUACCGCAGCGAACGUUCCAACCCGUACUUUGACUAUCUGCAGAUUAGGAAGAAGAUUGAGGAAAAGAGGAAGAUUCUCUGCUACAUCACGCCUCAGGCUCCACAGUGUUACGCUGAAUAUGUAACCUACACUGGCUCCUACCUGCUUGAUGGCAAGCCUCUCAGCAAGUUGCACAUCCCUGUGAUUGCUCCACCUCCAUCACUGUCAGAACCUCUGAAGGAGCUCUUUAGGCAACAAGAGGCAGUAAGGGGCAAGCUUAGGUUGCAACACAGCAUAGAACGGGAGAAGCUGAUUGUUUCAUGUGAACAGGAGGUUUUAAGGGUCCACUGCAGGGCAGCCAGGACAAUAGCCAAUCAGGCUGUGCCGUUCAGCGCCUGCACCAUGCUGUUGGACUCUGAAGUGUACAAUAUGCCAUCGGAGAGCCAGGGUGAUGAGAACAAAUCUGUGAGAGAUCGCUUCAAUGCGCGGCAGUUCAUUUCCUGGAUCCAGGACGUGGAUGAUAAAUACGACCGCAUGAAGACGUGUUUGUUGAUGCGACAGCAGCACGAGGCAGCAGCUCUCAAUGCGGUGCAAAGAAUGGAGUGGCAGCUGAAAGUCCAAGAACUGGACCCAGCGGGGCACAAAUCCCUGUGCGUCAACGAAGUGCCGUCCUUCUACGUGCCAAUGGUCGAUGUCAACGACGACUUUGUCCUGCUGCCCGCGUGACAUACCGCUUCCCACAGAGAGAAAACUUAGUCUCAGUCACUUCUUAUCAAGGAGACUUCGUUGAACCGAACGAAUGGAAAGGGCUAGCAAGUUUGAGAGAGGACCAUAGAGGGGGAAAAAAUUUAUUCUCUAGAAAAAGAAUAAAGCUGAAAAACUUGCUCUCGAUUCCCUUCCGUGAAGAAAGAAAAAAAUGUUUUUAAUGGGGGAAAAGAAAAUACACAACUUGCACUUUCAUCCUCAAAGUUUUUAUGCGUUUGUUUGAUCAGAGCGAGAGAAGCAGAAACAGUUUUUGCUUUGAGGCUCUGGCACUGGGACACACCUCCUCAUCGCUUAGUUUUGGUGAGACGGAGGACAGAUUUAUUUUCUGCAUUCGUUUGUGGUUCCUGCUUCAGUACCCACCACCGCUGCUACUGUGGGAUCUACCAGAGAAGAGCUCUCCCAACAGAGUGGUGCCUGUCCUGGGGGAGGACUGAGGAGACGCCUCCUUCUUUUUGACACGAGUCUCCACAUGGGCCAGGAGAUCUUGACAGAGUCCAGCGCUGACCCAGAUGCAGUCAGUGGAGCCGUGGUGAAUUGUGUGGAUCCUUAAAUUGAUCCAGGAGGUUAGAAGCAGCCACUUUUAGGGCUAUGAGACCCAGAUACCCAGAGGACGCCCUCUCUGUUCACACUGCACCGAGCUUGGCUAAACAGUAGUGAAACAAAGGCUGCAGCAGGUUGGAACAAAGCAAGAGAGGGUGGGGGUCACGAUGUGUGUGCACGUCAGGGCCCAGUGUCUGAGAGGAAGAGACCGUUCGUGCAGCCUCUCAGCCUGGCUUAACAAAAGAGGACAUGAACGGAUCUCUGAGGACAGACCGGAGUGUUCCUCAGAGAUCCCGCUCGUUCCACCACAAAACACAUCAGACCGCCAUGGACUGCAAAAAAAGAAAAAAAAAAAAAAAAAAGAAACCACACACACACAGGACAACCAGAAGAAACAAACACAACGAAUGUUGAGAUUCAAAGAGACUAUUUGAGAAAUUGUGGUUUUUGGCAGGAGAGAAAUAUUGUUUUUGUCUAUUUCUUUACUUGGGCAUUUCAUUGUUUCUGAGGAAGUGACUUGAAACACUACAGAGCCAAUAUUAGUUUAAUGGAAAAAACAAACAAAAGAAAACUGAAAAAAAGUUGUAUUCCGUAAAUUAUGUACAGUUUUUAUAUUCGUUAACCAAUGUAUUCUUGCUGCCUUCUAGAUAAUUUAUUUUGCCACACAUUACUGCACAGUUGUAAAUAACCUAUGUACUGUAAUAUCACUCAGUUAAGUGUAAAGAAAAAAAAACAUAAAAGAAAUAAAAAUUAUCUUUUUAUGUACAGUUCACUUUUGGGCAGCACUUUCCCCCUUCAUAUCCAUGGGCCAAAACAUGUACACGAUUCUGUCAGUAUUGAAAGACUCCAGUGCACAGUUGUAUAAUCCCAUUUUUUGACUCGAUCCGGGGUUAGGUGAGGCGGCUCGCCUGGACCCGAGUCACCGCAACACAAGCAGCUGACAGAGAACACUUCUGCAUUCAAAUGGGCCUCUCACGGGCCGACAACCAUACAGCCCCCUCAGAUGUAGCAGAAUAGUUGUUGAGGAUUUAUUUAAAGAAUAGACAGAGGAUUAUUAUUCAUUGCUUUACUACACAAUUAUAUCUGAAAAUUUUCGAACCAAGAAAAUGCCUUUUUCAGUGAAAAAAAAAAUGUACUCAUUGUUGGGCAAAGUCACACAGAAGUAUAUAAAUAAAUAUAUAUAUAUAUGGGUGGGAUGGAAGAGAGAUGUCAUUCACAAGCAAAACCAUAUGAGUGUAGAACUGUUUGAAAUUAUUAUUUCGCUUGUUUUUAAUUUAAAGAAAACAAUUUGACUUUUUUUUUUAUGAAUCAUCGCACAACGUCACAGUCUAAAACCAACAAGACACGGGUCUUUCAGCGCUUCACUACUCGUCCUGUCCUCCCAGUGUCUGACUUCACAUUGAACUGACUGAAGAGUUGUAACAGGCACAGAGACAUUUUCAUUCCUCACAGACUCCUAAAAACACUGUCAGUCUGUCAGCCCCUUAUGUCACAGUACUGGUGAGCAGCUUAUUUUCAUGGUGCUGUUACAUCUUUUACUCACUAGGUGGUGCCAGUGUGUCAGAAAGAAAAACACUUAUUCAUGGCUCAGCAGACCUGAGGCCUUCCACUUAGACGGGUGUUUUUUAAAGUAGAUUUUAAAGGUGUUAAUUUCCAUGUUAGGACUCCAGUACAACACCCACUUAAAAUCACGGGAAUAGGCUCAACAACCAAGUCACGUUGUCCUCCUUUUUUAUUUUUUAUCCUACAAGGGGCUGGGGCUAGUGUGGUCAGGGAUUUUAAAUGUUUCGGUUACUUCCUGUUAUUAUUCAGUUGUGUGGUGUCUUGUGUCAGGCCCGAGGAGACAGGUUACCAGACUCAAAUCUUCUCAGAACAAACCAAAAAGUGAACAGACGUCAACAGAAGCAGUGGAGGGGGGAAGAAAUAGGUUAAUGCUGAAUAGACUGACUUUUAAAAACGAAAGGAUCCCAUUGAACCGUUGAUUUGUGAUGACUUGUAUUGGUUCUCUGUUUUUAGUGGGUUUUGAAAAGCUUUCCCGACCUGCCCCACGCACACGGUCUUGUGUGUGAAAGCUGCUCACGUAUCCUGAUGGCAAUAUUCUGAUCCUAAACUUUUAAGUUAUUUACACACUGUCAGUCAGCAUAGCUGUGUAUGGUAUGUCUAGUCAAGUGCAAUGGUUGUUGCUAUUACACUGUGCAGACAAGGUGGCUAGAUGUAUUGUCCUGGGUAUUAUUUUUUUUUUUUCUUUUAAUUUUGAGACACACACACACCCUGGUUUGGUAUAUGUUUGGAAACAAAAAGUCUGGAAAAAUUGUUUUUUAAAACUCAUGUUUUUAUUUUACUGUUGGUUUCUUACAGUUUUGGGGACGAGGGUCGCGGGUGUCUUUUGUUCAAGAAUCCUUGUGUGUUUUUUAGCAAAAAGUGUAUGUAGCUUUGAAUGUUGUUGUGUUUUAUCUUUGGGGGAGGGAGGGGGAGGGGUUCUGUUCUGUAUAAAAACCAGUGGCAUGUCAAUCACGUUGCUUAUUGAGCAGAAUGUAUACCGCUACAACGCCCUGACCGACACCCUCUCACUAUUGUUUACAACACAUCGAGAGCGUUUCCGUUUUGAGUGGCACCUUUCUUCUUUUUUUUUUUUUUUCUUUCUUUUUUUUUGAAAACAAAACAUAAAAACAGUUUCAUAGCCCUGCCUUUGUUCGUACUUCUGCCAUCGUUCGUAUGUUUAACAACCUACAAAGGCUUGAAAUGGUGAUGGUCGACACAGCCGACAGGUGAUCUCCCUCCCCCCUUCCGUUCCCCAGCUGCACAGAGCAAUAGACCAAACACACAUCCAUUCACUUUGAUCAUCCGGCGUGAAUAUUCGGCUAAGAUACAGAGACACACAGCAGAUGCAUAGUAGAGCUCUUGGCCGUGGUGAUACAGAUGCUAGCCUGACACCACCUCAGUCAGCAACAUAUUACCUCUACUCUACUCACAUUCGCUCAUAAUGUUUGUUUUUAGACUUGUUGUGUUUUCUUACUGGACAUAAAAAUAUACAUGAUUUAGUUUCAUUAUGUAGAAUCACGAUUUCAAGCCUUUUUGUUUUUGUAAAUUCUUUGUUCCUUUUUAUUUUAUUUUUUAGAAUGGAUUAUGACUAAUAAAAAGCAUGGAGAACUACUCUUUUAAAUGGUGGGAAAUAACCUAUUUAUUAUCAUUUAUUUUGUUUUCGUUUUGUUUUGUUUUUCUGGCACCUGUGGUAUGUUUUGAGUUGAAGUUGGUCUCCGCUGUGUAAAUUUUCCUCCUUGUAAUGCGUGAAAGAGACAUACUGUACAUAGCUCUGUAAAUAAAACCUCCCAGGACGUUUUGCACCCUCCUCUUUGUACUAGUCUGAAAAAUUGCGUAGAAUGUGGGGUUCUAACAGCAACGGGCCGUGUCGCGCUCGCUGCAGGUGAUUAUGAUGUAACAAUGUAACAUUUUUUUUCUUUUUCUUUUUUCUUUUUUUUAUUUGUACAAUGUAGUUUAUUUGUGUACAUAUUGAUGGAGCAGCUAAAGGGGGGAGGGUUGGUUCACGAUGGGUUUGUUGAUGCUAUCGUCAGUGCUGUAACAGAAAUCCAGUACUUUCACCUCUAGCUGUUGUUGAUUUCCUGCAAAAAAGAAAAAAGUGACAAAAAAAAUUAAACGUGGAAAAAAAGACACAAAAAAUUUAAUAAAAAAGCAAAAACAAAAAAGAGAGAAACUGAAAAUGAGUAUGGACGGGGGGGGGAGACUAAAACUGAAAAGUAAAAAUUCUAAAUUGUUAUUUUCUACAGUUGCAUGUACAGAGAGCGCGAGAACUGCUGUUGUUCCUCAGAGAUUAUGUUCGUUAAUAAAAUUUUGAAAUAUUA